AUGGGGGGUGAAUCUUCUAAACCAGCUCCUCCCCCAUCUCCACCACCUUCUCCACUUUUAAGAAAUCCAUGGAGAGAAAUAACUUGGGGUGGUACCAGGCAAGCUCUUAAAUCCAUGCAGGAGUUUCAACCUCAAAAUGAAGAGGCAACAAUCAGGGUCCUGCUCUACGGCCCAGUCGGUGCGGGGAAGUCCAGCUUGAUCAACUCUGUCAACAACGUCCUGCAGAGCAGAAUGACCAAUGAUGCUCUGGCCAGUGGCACAAUCUCCAGUCACAGUUUCACUAAGAUUUACAAAACUUAUAAAAUCAAGAAAGAAGGCAGGGGAAACUUUUAUCCAUUUGUGUUCAAUGACAUCAUGGGUCUGGAGGAAGGAAGUGGAGUCAGAACAGACGACAUCAAAAUGGCUUUGAAGGGACAUGUGAAGGAUGGAUACAAGUUCAAUCCUUCAUCCUCCAUUUCUGCUGGUGAUUCUGGCUACAAUUCUUCCCCGUCCGUCAGUGACAGAGUCCAUGUUCUGGUUUGCAUUUUCAAUGUUAAUACACAAAUCAAGCCGUCUGUUUUACAGAAAAUGAGGGAAAUCAGAGAAGCGGCCAGUGAUCUGGAUAUUCCUCAGCUGGCGAUUCUCACUCACAUUGAUGCAGCCUGUGGGGAAACACAAAGUGAUCUGAGAAACGUUUACAGGAGCAAAUAUUUAAAGAAAAAGAUUGGUGACUUCAGCUCCAGUCUGGGGAUCCCAAUGAACUGCAUCCUCCCAAUGAAGAACUACAGUGAUGAGACUGAGCUGGAUUCAGACGUCGACGCUCUGAUCCUGAACGCCCUGAAACUGAUUGUUAACUUUGGAGAUGACUACGCUGACAAGCUGUGAAGCCACAGAGCUGUGUGUGUGGUUAAUAUGAAUGUAAAUUACAGCAGUAAUUUUUUGUUGUUUGUAUCAUUAGACGGUUAUUGAGGACGGUAUCUAUGGAGGCCAUUAGCUCUUGAUGUAGUGUCCGGGAUUUGAUUUCUGAUCUUGGGAUAUUUUCCACAUCCUUCCUGUUUUUCUCUCGUCUCUGAUCUGCACUGUAAAAUGCAAUCAGUUGGCUUUACUUUAAAGAGUUGUGCAAACUUGCAUCAAAAAAGAGAAACCAGUUUUUACAACUUAAAAAUAUCACUAUGUGUAAGUUUACACAAAUCAACUAACUUGAUGAUUAUGAGUCACAUUAACAUGUUUAAUUUUAGUGAGUGUAACUUAAAUCAAUUUCAUAAAUUGAGUAUGUAACUUAAAUAACACCCAAAGCUUGUUUUUUUUUUUGUUGUUUUUUUAAAACGAGAAACUACUCAUGUAAAAAGAAAAUGUAUUGAUUGAAACAGUUCAUGGCUCCUGGCUUUUUAUUGAUUAGUCUUCAUAACAUAAAAAUCAGUGAUAGUUUUGUGACUGAAGAGGACAGCACAAGCAGCAACGCUAUGUAAUUAAAUA